AGCAUAUCAAAUAGUCCUUGAGUGCAGGUAAAAGAAUGCCGAAGGUAAAGACAAGCCGUGUCAAAUAUCCAAAUGGAUGGGAGUUGAUUGAGCCUACUCUUCGUGAGCUUGAGGGUAAAAUGAGAGAAGCCGAAAAUGAUCCACAUGAUGGUAAGAGAAAGUGUGAAGGAUUGUGGCCAAUUUUCAAAAUUGCACAUCAGAAGAGCCGCUACAUCUAUGAUCUUUACUACCGAAGGAAGGAAAUAUCUAAGGAACUUUAUGAGUUCUGUUUGGAUCAAGGCUAUGCUGACCGCAAUCUAAUUGCAAAAUGGAAGAAGUCAGGAUAUGAACGCCUUUGCUGCCUACGAUGCAUACAGCCACGGGAUCACAACUUCAACACCACCUGCGUGUGCAGAGUUCCUAAACAUCUGAGGGAAGAGAAAGUCAUAGAAUGUGUGCACUGUGGUUGUGGGGGUUGUGCAAGUGGAGACUGAUUCACCUUUUUGUGUUCAAGUAUCAACGGACACUUGAGGCUGGGGUAAUCUGAUUGUGUGACCAGGGAGUUUGAUUCCCUUUUUACUGUAUGAAAGCAGAGGGCUCUCCCUGGAUCCCUGGGAUAUAACUUUAUUUGUAUUGAUCCAACAUUGUUCCUAAUGAAACCUCUAAAACUGCACAAUUCUGGAAAAAGCUAACACAAACUAGCUUUUAA